AAUUGAAAGGGAGGAGGAGGGGAGAGAAAGCGGAAGGAAACGGCGAAGGAAAUGAGUUGAGGUGGAGAGAAGUUGGAAAAUGGGGAAGUGGAGGGAAAGGUCGAGGAGAUUACUGAAUGGAAGAGGUUCAGUUUUGCGUCUAGACACAUUCAUUCAAUGAAAACCUCAAUUUCCACAAGAGUUGCCUUGAAUUCAGCCCCCAACUACGAAAACUGCCUUCUCAUUCCCAUGACUACUUCUUCCUUCUUUACUCAUUCAUUUACCUUUUCAUCUUGCAUUUAAACCCCCCUUCACCCCCCCACCCCACCACCUCUUUCUCUUUUCCUCUCACUCUAUUUACCAAAUAACCGAACACCUGUGAUUUCACGGUAGAUUGGAGGAGAAGAAUAAUAUCUGAUGUCUUCUCUAAACAAUUCAACAAAUAUAUUUUGGCAAGAAUGUCCUGUUGGGAAGGUUGAAAGGCAAAAACUACUUAACCAAAAAGGAUGUGUUGUAUGGAUUACGGGUCUCAGCGGAUCAGGGAAAAGCACCCUUGCAUGCACAGUAAGUAGAGAACUGCACUCUAAGGGAAAGCUUUCAUAUGUUCUUGAUGGAGAUAAUCUUCGGCAUGGACUAAACAAGGAUCUUGGUUUCAAACCUGAAGACCGGACUGAAAAUAUACGUAGAGUUGGUGAGGUAGCAAAACUUUUCGCAGAUUCUGGUCUGAUCUGUAUUGCCAGUCUGAUAUCUCCCUAUAGGAAAGAUCGGGAUGCUUGCCGGGCAAUGUUGCCAGAUUCAAAUUUUAUUGAGGUUUUCAUGAACAUGCCUUUGGAAUUGUGCGAGUCAAGAGAUGCAAAAGGCCUUUACAAGCUUGCACGUGCAGGAAAGAUUAAAGGAUUUACUGGGAUUGAUGACCCUUACGAGCCUCCAUUGAACUGUGAGAUAAAAUUACAACAGGAAAAUGGAGUUUGCCCCACCCCAUCAGCCAUGGCUGGCCAAGUGGUUUCUUACUUGGAGGACCAAGGAUACCUUCAAUGCUAGUAGUCUUCCGUUAUUCUUCAACUUUUGCUCCCUGGUCUCUGCUAAUCAUUCACUAUCUAAUUAGAGGAACUUAUUUAAGACACUGUUGGUGGGUGCACAAUGCCCUUUAGUACCACCUGAUAUUCUUUUUGUAUGGAUAAGUUAUUAAUGGCUAUUAAGUCUAAAUUGUCAGAAAGUGAGUGUAUACGAGGAUUUUUAUUAAUGUAUUUUUUAUCUUC